AUGGCAACAUACGAAGACUCGCCAUCCUUCUCCUUCACGACGCCUGAGCAGCGACGUCAGCGCUAUUCAGAUCAUGUCAACGACAGUACAAUUGAAAAAUGGAAUUUUCAUGACAGUCCCAGUCCUAUCACUGCCGCACGUUUUCAAGGGGAGGAGCAGGAUGAGAACAAGUCCCAAGAAUUGCAGGGCCAGCACUGGAUUUUCGCACAUUCACACUUUAGACGACGUAACAGACUAGAAACGCGGUUAGAAGAGUUGCAGAAAGAUGUUGCUAGUCUCACGCUCAAGCUACGCACCAAUGGUAGCCGCAACACAUCGCUUAAUACGUCAAGCUUCCUCUACCCACCGAAGCAGCAAGAGGAGACAAAAAUUUUCAAGACGCCUAAAACAGUGGACAAGCGGCGUAAGAGUGCGAAAGAGAUCGUGACAGGACGUGGAGUACAAAAUAGCGUCGUCAAAGCACGGAGAGAAUUACACGAUGUCACAACCGAGAGAGACCAGCUUAAAUAUGAUCUAGAAAGGACGAAGAGAGCUUUGAAGGGUGCAGAGAAAAAGUUGGAGGAUGCCCAGAAGAUUAAAGUAGCGUAUGAGAAGCUUAGAGCGCACUGUGACUCGCUGCAAGAGUCGCUAGAUUUAUCCGAAAAGAUUCGUGGAAGGCAAAAGAAAUUACUGCAUCAGUUGCAAUUGCAGCAACAACAGUUUAAAGACGAAGAAACGCAGGAUAUGACAAAGAGACCAGCAGGUGGUGGUUUCAAGACGCGCGAUAGCAGCACGAUUCGUGUAUCGACUACGACGACACCAAAAAGAUUGCAACAGACUGAUAGAGCUCAAGAUUACACAUGCAUUAAAUACAAUAAUUUGGACUCUUCGAUCGCUUUCGACCAUCACAGGGACGAUGGAGAUGAAGACGCAAGUCUCUCUAAUCAUGAGCAAGCACCAAGUGAACCGACCGCUGCGACUAUUCAAGCCAGGACACCACGCCCCCACAUACAGUCAACCACGUCAACCAGUAAAGCAUGCAGGCAAAAUUUUGAUAGUCUCCUACGAGAGAAUACUCCUCAUUUCAGUACCAGACGUCCCGGUCAAAUGAUCACUCCUUCUCGACAAUCAAGCCGAAGUCAAUCUCAGCAACGUGAGGUUAUGCGUCAAGCAGCUAGGUGGGCGCGCAAUAGAGGGGUUGCAGUCGACAGUUUCAAUUCCAACACUCACCUAUCUACGCAAGAAAAGUUGACUGCAAGUCGACCGAGAAGUAGCUUUCUAGCCCCUACCCAAGCAAGUCUGCGUCGACUGCAUGAUCUUCCUCGUCGAGGUCAUAACGUUCGACCCCCUUUUAUUGUGUAA